AUGGAUGCACGGAUCGACGACGAAGACGUCGACGUUUUGAACCCUUUCUUCACCGUCAGUCCUCCUCACUCUUCUUCUCCUUACUCUCACAAUUUCGCAUUCUCCCCUCCCGACGAUCUUUUCACUUCCCCCGCUGGCGCCGCCGUCUACUCCGAUCCUCAGCCGCGCAAUUUGAACCUCCUCGACGACGAUGACGCCGUCUUCACUUCGGUUUCGCAGAAUUACCCAGCUGCCCCGCGGGUAUUUGACCGGUUCGACUCCUCUUCGGCCUCCGACGACGACGACGAGAAUGAUGAAUUCUACGCCUCCGAUGCCGCUCAGAAGAGGCUGGAAUACAUGAUGGAUUAUCUUAACAACAAGCUAUGCAACGAUGACGUUAUUGGAAGUAGCCGGGCUGUUCAGGCUGAGCAAAGUCAACCUCUGCCGGAGUUUAUUGCCGAAGGCGGUGGCACGGGGAUUUUCAAAGUCCCAGUGCGUUCAGCGGUGUACCCAGACCGGCCUCCGAGCUUGGAGGUGAGGCCGCAUCCUUUGAGGGAGAGGCAAAUUGGGAGGUUUUUGAGGACUAUUGUGUGCGUGGAUGAUGGGAGGCAAAUGUGGGCUGGGUCCGAGUGUGGUCUUCGGGUUUGGGAUUUGGACAAUAUCUAUGGUGCUGGUGCUGGUAGCGGUGGUGUGGAGGAUGGAGAGCAGGAAUAUGACCAGGUGGAAGAGGAGGAGGGGUGUGAGGGGUUUGUGGAGGAGGAUACAGUGCCCUAUGUUGAGUCUGUAAGGACUGCUGGAACACUCUGUGUUGUUGGGGACGAUGGGAAUAGGGUGGUUUGGAGUGGACAUAAGGAUGGAAAAAUAAGGUGUUGGAAAAUGGAUGAGACUAAUAAGUGCGGAAAGUGCUUUAGUGAAGUCAUCUCGUGGCAGGCGCAUCGAGGCCCUGUUCUUAGCAUGGUGAUGACUGCUCAUGGAGAUCUGUGGACUGGGUUUGAAGGUGGUGUGAUAAAGAUAUGGCCUUGGGAAGCUAUUGAGAAAUCUCUUUCUCUAAAAUUAGAGGAAAGGCACAUGGCUUCUUUAUCACUAGAGAGGUCAUAUGUUGAUCUGAGGAGCCAAGUCAGUCUGAAUGGAACCGGCAAUAGUAUAUUUACCAAUGAUAUCAAGUUUAUGCUGUCUGAUCACUCCAGAGCAAAUGUAUGGGCCGCUGGCCAUCUUUCGUUUGCAAUAUGGGAUUCUCGUACAAGAGAGUUACUGAAAAUUUUCAACAUAGAUGGCCAAAUGGACAACACGUCUGUAAUGCAAGAUUCAAUCAUGGAAGAAGAUUUAAAAUUGAAGUUCGUCACAGGUUUAAGAAAGGACAAGCCGCAAAAUUCCUUCAGUUUCUUUCAGCGCUCACGCAAUGCUAUUUUAGGUGCUGCCGAUGCUGUGCGUCGAGCUGCAGUAAAAGGAACUUUUGGAGAUGACAAUCGAAGAACUGAAGCAUUAGUCGCAACUGUUGAUGGAAUGAUUUGGACUGGGUGUGCCAAUGGGUCACUUGUUCGGUGGGACGGAAAUGGAAACCGUUUGAAAGAUUUCCAGUACCAUUUCUUUGCUGUUCAGUCCCUUUGCACCUUUGGGUCACGUAUAGUUGUUGGGUAUUCUAGUGGUACUGUACAGGUAUUAGAUCUUGAUGGUAAUUUGAUAGGAGGAUGGGUAGCUCAUCACAGUCCUGUGAUUGACUUGGCUGUUGGGGCAGGCUAUGUUUUAAGCCUGGCUAAUCAUGGUGGUAUACGUGGUUGGAGUAUUACAUCUCCAGGACCAGUUGACAGAAUUUUGCAUGCUGAGUUAGCCAGGAAGGACUUUCUGUAUACAAGACUGGAGAACUUGAAAAUAUUGGCUGGUACAUGGAACGUCGCACAAGGAAGAGCUGCUUAUGAUUCACUAAUAUCCUGGAUUGGUGCAGCUGCUGUGGAUGUUGACAUUGUUGUCACCGGAUUGCAGGAAGUGGAGAUGGGUGCUGGCUUUCUGGCAAUGUCUGCAGCUAAAGAAACUGUUGGCCUUGAGGGCAGUGCUGUUGGGCAAUGGUGGCUUGAUAUGAUAGGGAAAACAUUGGAUGAAGGAUCAACUUUUAUGAGGGUUGGCUCAAGACAGCUAGCAGGCUUAAUUAUUGCUGUUUGGGUGAGAAAAAGUUUGAGAACUUAUGUUGGGGAUAUUGACGUUGCUGCAGUUCCUUGUGGCUUUGGGCGUGCUAUUGGUAAUAAGGGAGCUGUUGGUUUGAGGAUGAGGAUUUAUGGUCGGAUUCUCUGCUUUGUGAAUUGCCAUUUUGCUGCACACUUGGAGGCUGUUAAUCGACGAAAUGAAGAUUUUGAUUAUGUGUAUCGGACAAUGGUUUUUACUCGACCAUCUAGUUUUUCUAAUGCCUCGGCUGCAGGUAUGUCAUCUUCAGUUCAAGUGCCGCGCAAUGGUAAUGCUACAGGAAGUAACGUCGUUGAAGUGAUGCCAGAGCUAUCUGAGGCGGACAUGGUUGUAUUCCUUGGUGACUUGAAUUAUAGGCUCUAUGGUAUAUCCUAUGACGAAGCAAGGGAUUUCAUUUCUCAAAGAAGCUUCGACUGGCUUAGAGAAAGAGACCAGUUGCGAGCAGAAAUGGAAGCUGGAAAUGUGUUUCAAGGGAUGCGUGAAGCUGUUAUUAAAUUUCCACCUACAUACAAAUUCGAGAAACAUCAGGAAGGUUUAGCAGGUUAUGAUUCUGGGGAGAAGAAGCGUAUUCCUGCUUGGUGUGACAGAAUACUUUACCGCGACAGCCGGUCGCAUUCGGCAUGUACAUGCAGCUUGGACUGUCCUGUGGUGUCUUCAGUUUUGCAGUAUGAAGCUUGCAUGGAUGUAACAGACAGUGAUCACAAGCCUGUACGUUGCAUUUUUAGUGUGGAAAUUGCUCGAGUUGAUGAGUCGGUGAGGAGACAAGAGUUUGGUGAAAUCAUCCGAACUAAUGAGAAAAUUAAGAUUUUACUUGAAGAUAGGUGUAAAGUUCCUGAAGCGAUCGUGAGUACGAACAACAUAAUCCUUCAGAACGAGGACAUAUCUAUUUUGCGUGUUGCAAAUAGAUGUGGUAACAGCAAUGCACUCUUUGAAAUAAUUUGUGAAGGUCAAUCGAUCAUUAAGGCCGAUGGACAGGCAUCAGAUCAUGUUCCCAGAGGUGCAUUUGGCUUUCCGCGUUGGCUAAAGGUGAGUCCAGCGGCUGGCAUAAUCAAGCCACACCAAGUUGCGGAGAUUUCAAUUCAUCAUGAAGAGUAUCAGACAUUGGAGGAGUUUGUUGAUGGUACUCCCCAGAACUGGUGGUGUGAAGAUGCAAGAGAUAAGGAAGUAAUCUUGUUAGUUAGAAUUCGAGGCAGCUACUCAACGGAGUCCAAAAGUCAUCGAAUUCGCCUGCGCCACAGCAUUACGGGCAAGGUCGGGCCUAUGAAUCAGAAAGUUCAAAAUUCUGUGCAGCAGCCAGCCAAUGUUCUGUAUCGAUCUAACAUUCAGCGCUUCAGUGGUACUUCCGACAUUGUUGACCAACUGAAGAAUCUACAACCCUGA